UUGCAGCUUUUAUUAUUAUAUUAUGACCAGCACUGUAUUCUGGCUAUAAGUUUACCGAUUUAUAGUAUUCCAAGGGGUCAGACUUUGCUUAGUUCUAUAGUCCAAGCUCUGAAAACCUGAGGACGAUUUGUUUACGAUCAUCGGCACCAGUCUGGCAUUUUACUAUGGCUGAUAAUGCAUUGUCACAAAAUGCCAGGUCUGUUCUCAAUGCAGUAAAUACUUUGUAUCAAAAUCCCAAUGUUCAAGAAAAAGAAAAAGCUUCAUUUUGGCUUGGAGAGUUUCAGAGAUCGGUGUUUGCAUGGGAGACAGCAGAUCAAUUAUUACAUCUAAAACAAGAUGUUGAAUCAACAUAUUUUGCAGCACAAACAAUGAGAACAAAGAUUUUAUAUUCUUUUCGUGAACUACCUCCUGAUUCACAUGAAGGAUUGAAGCAAUCAUUAUUAACACAUAUAGAACAAUUAUGUGGAUAUUCUCCAGCUUUGACGACACAGCUUGCAUUAGCUGUUUGUGAUUUAGCACUGCAGAUGCCACAGUGGAAAGUGCCAGCGUUAACAUUUAUUGAGAAAUACAGCAAAGAUAUUCAAGCGUUGCCAUAUUUACUUGAGAUUCUCACUGUUUUACCAGAAGAGGUAAACAGUCGCCAUUUACGUCUUGGUGCAAAUAGACGAACAGAUAUUAUAGAAGAUAUGGAGAAUUCGGCGCCAAUGGUUCUCGAAGUCAUCCAAGCGUGUUUGACGAGAGUGCAAGAUGAACGUAUCCUUUCAAAAAUAUUCAAAUGUCUGGGAAGUUGGUUUUAUCUUGGUGUGUUCCCUGGCAAUCAUGCUGCAAGGUCCAAUAUAUUGGAUGCACCAUUCCAGAUUUUGGGAACUUUAUCGUCAUCUUCAUCACUUCAUGAGGCGGCAACAGACUGUGUUUGCUCUGCAUUGUACGCUGCAGAGGAUGUUAGCAGAAAUCAAGAUUUAGUUCAGCAAUUAUUUACAAAAACUCUUGGACUUAAGCAAGCAUACAUUGAUGCGAAUGCUAAUGAAGAUAUAGAUAAAUGUUUAAAUUUGUGUCGAAUAUUUACUGAGCUUGCCGAAUCAUUAUUAGAAAUUUUGGUCAACAGUCCUGGAGAAGGAUUGGGAGAUUUGGAAAUUCUUGAUAUUCUAUUGAUGUGUGUCGGACAUUGCCAAUAUGAGGUCGCAGACAUCACGUUCAACUACUGGUAUAGAUUAUCUGAAGCUUUGUAUGCAUUAGAUCAUAAAGUUGUUCGUGAAAUAUAUAGUUCAUAUGCCGAAGGAUUAAUUUUUGCACUUGUUAGACAUUGUCAAAUGGAACCAGAUCAUGACACAAUUCUGGAUUCAGCAGAUGAUUUUGCAGAUUUCAGAAAUAAUUCAGCUGAUUUAGUAAAGGAUGUUGUAUAUUUGGUUGGACCAACUGAAUGUUUUAUCGGAUUAUUCAAAAUGUUAAGCGGAGAAAUACAAACACCCGAUGGUACGAAACAAGGUGUUGUAACGUGGGAUAUCACAGAAUCUGUUCUGUUUAUGAUGACGGCAAUAGCGAAGAAUGUAAAAGCAACUGAGGUCACUGUCACACCACAAGUAUUACAAGCAAUAUUUUCUCUUCCACCAUCCACACAUAUUGCAGUUCGGCAUACAAGUAUUCAAUUAGUUGGUGAACUUUCAACUUGGAUCGAAAAACAUCCUGAUUUACUGAAUCAUACAUUACAAUACUUGACAAAUGCAUUACAAACCAAAGAACUUUCAUCUGUUGCUGCAACAUCAGUUCAAUAUUUAUGUGAAGUUUGUCAAUCGCAAAUGAUUCAACAUUAUACUGCAUUGAUCCAGUUAGUUCAGGUUGCAGAUGAUUUGCAAGUGUCAUCAGAUGCUACAUUAGGAUUACUAAAAGGAGUUUCAUCUGUAUUGAGUUGUCUUCCUGUUGACAAAGCUCACGAUGCAUUGACAGAACUAUGCAGAUCUCAAGUUGUUGCAUUGAGUCACCUCUCACAAAAGCAGCCAAACGAACAACAUGCAGGUAAUAAGCCAGCGCAUACUGACCCAGUGACAUGGUUGGACAGACUUGCUGUUAUAUUUCGCACUUUUACUACAAAAGACACUGCAACAAAUGGAUAUGUUCAUCCAUGCAAACAAGUAAUAGAGGAGAUGUGGCCGGUUUUACAGUCCGUUCUUGAACAACACAAAGCGGAGAACAGGAUAGUUGAAAGAUGGUGUCGAUGUAUAAGAUUUGCUGUUCGGUGUGUUAAAAUGGCUAUUGUUAGUACUUUAGUUCCAUCUUUAACAACCACAUUGUCAACAGCUUACAAUUCUUCACCACACAGUUGUUUCUUGUACUUGGGAAGUGUUUUGGUUGAUGAAUAUGGAAGUGAUAUGUCUGCAUCAAAUAUAUUAUUAGAAAUGUUGGAAGGUUUUUGUCCUAAAACGUUUGAUUUAUUGAAUGAAGAGAAAGGUUUACAAAAUCAUCCUGAUACUGUUGAUGAUUUGUUUAGACUAUGUUGCAGAUUUGUUGAACGUUGUCCAUUGAAGUUUCUGUCACAUAUCGUCUGUCCUCCACUGCUACAAUGUGCCAUUGCUGCUAUAGUAUUGGAUCAUAGAGAUGCCAACACAUCCGUGACUAAAUUUUUGAGGAACGUUAUUGAAUCAAGGGUUGGCGUACCGGGAGAACCACAGGAUGCUGGUGUUCCUAUCAUGUUAAUGUAUGGUGAAGAAAUAGUUCAAAGGUCACUCAAUGCCAGUUUGUUUAGUCUUCCAUCAUAUUUAUAUCCUGAUAUUGCUGAACUAUGGUGGGCUGUCAUGCAAAGAAAUAGAGAAUGGUUCAAAACCUGGUUAGAAAAAGCAUUGAAAAACUUGCCCAGUGAUGCCACAUUCGCCACAGCAACACAUGAACAAAUUUUACAGUUUUUAGCAGAAGUCACAAGCUCCAGCGAAGGCAGAAACGUAAGUUACUUGUUGAGAGACUUCUGCAGAUUAUACAGAUAAUGCACAAUACACAACUGAUGUUCCUGUAUAAUCAACAACCUUUCGACAUAAGGAGGAAAAUGAAUACAGUAUCGAAUGAGCCCGUGUAGAGACUAGAUAAUAGGAGUGGUUAAUAUGGAGGUGUCUCAGACUCAUCCAGUCAUAGCUUUGUUUUUGCGAAUUAUGAGGCGUAGAUGAACUGCAACAUGGUGGUCUCUGCUCGAUACAAAUAAAGCUGAAUGAACUAGAUAUAACAUAAAUGUUAUUGUUAAAAUUUUGCCAUAGAAUUAGGUAAUGGUAGUGAACAACAUGGGUUUUUUAGAAUUCGGAAAUGAAAUGUUACCGAAAAAUGUAAUGAAAUAGUAAUAAUCGACUAAAUUAGAUGUUUUGAUUUCUCCUGAAUUUAUCUGCUUCAUGUAGAAAUAUUCAAUAAAUUAAUUUAGCUUAAUAAAUUUAGUAUUAGUGGUUGUCUAAAAAUGUUGAUAGCUUUAUUUGUAAAAUUCUGGUAUUUGAAGGGAAAGCAUGAUUUACGUAAGUCCAAGAAAUGAUCUCACAUAAGAUCUUGUUGAUACAAAAUGCAGUAUACAGGCUGGUGUCGAUAGCAAUUGUUUUGGUAUUGAAAUAUAUUUAUUUGGUCGGUAGUCUUGUCAGCGCUUAAAUUCCAUAUUAUUUCAGACUGAAUCACAAUUAAAUAAAACUACAUUUCUUUUAGUGCAGAAUUAUUAGAAACAAUAGUUUGUUUUAGAAUAUCAACCGAGCUUGUGAUCAAAGAGAUCGUGUCCAACUUGAUCAAUCCUGUGUUUUUUAUUAGUUCUUAAUCGCCAUACCGCUUUUUUAGAAUGUCCAUUUUUGUGCAGAAUCACAUUAUCAAGCAACAUGUGGAACUAAAAUGAAUAAAUCAUUUCUUUCUUUUGUAACAAUGAAUUUUUAUAAUACAGUUGAUUUAAUGAAUUCAUUAUGUUCCUGCAUGUGAAUGUAACAAUUGUAAAAAUAUGGGAAUAUUCAAUUUUGUUUACACAAGGCGACAGGAGCAGCAUUUUAUGACACAUUCGAAUUUUAUAUGAAUACGACAAACUUCAUGAUAAUGGCUUAUAAGUUAAAUUGCGAAGUGAUGUUAUUUUUAGUUUUUAUAUCCAAAACAAUGCUGAUUGGCUGGUGGAAAUUUUCUGUAAUAUAUCUCCAUCUAUUCAAACUUUAUUUUAGUUUGGGAACCGUGGGUUCAGAUUUGAAGUCUAUAUCAUAUGUCUCACUAAAAGAUUAUUUUUAAUUUAGUUCUGUGGUUGGUGUUAGAAAAUAGGCUAAUUUCUUUCAAAUACAGUCUGAUCUUGUGAGCUCCGUUGUUCAAGAUUCUGGAAUUGAUGGAUGAUUCCGGCAUUGAAGUUAUCUUUAGUCGCCCAAUGUUUUAUUGAUAGCAAGUGUGCAUGCUAGUAAAUUAUCCUUUUAUCGAUUUUUAUAGUUUUGUCAAUGUGGCGAACUAUCGUGUUAACAACUCUAAUAAAGCUUUUAUUUCUGGCGGAA